AUGGCAACAGCCGAGGAUGAACGUCUCAUAACAAGAAGACAGAGGAAAAAGGAGAAGUUUAUCGCCUACGGUGUCAGCACAGACUACUGUCAGAUCCUGACUGGAGAGGACUGGAACGUGGUGAUGUACGACGGCAUCGAGUCCCAGGGCGGGGUCAACGACAAGGGGAUGGUGUUCUCCAUUUUCUUCAUCGUACUCACCCUCUUUGGAAACUACACGCUGCUCAACGUCUUCUUGGCCAUCGCCGUGGACAACCUGGCUAACGCCCAGGAGCUCACCAAGGACGAGGAGGAGCAGGAGGAGGCGGCCAAUCAGAAGACGGCGUUGCAGAAGGCGAAGGAGGUGGCCGAAGUCAGCCCGCUGUCCGCCGCCAACCUGUCCAUCGCCGCCAGGGAGCAGCAGAAGAACCACGCCAAAGGCGGCAAGUCUGUGUGGGAGCAGCGAACCAGCGAGAUCCGCCGGCAGAAUCUGAUGACGAGCCGCGAGGCGCUCUACAACGAGCUGGAGCAGGAGGACUGGAAGGUGUCGUAUCCACGAACAGGACGUGGGGACAUGAAGACCCACUUGGACCGUCCGCUUGUGGUAAAUCCACAGGAUAACCGCAACAACAACACCAACAAGACCCCGCCGGGCCAACUGCCUCUGGACCUGGAGUACAGGCGGCAGGAUCUGGACCACAGCCACCGCGUGGCCCACCACCAUCAUCACCGCCACCACCACCAUCAUCAUCACCACCACCAGAAGGCGGCUGGACCGGAGACUCCGGGCCAGGACCAGCCUGGGGUAGAGGGAGCCGACGGCAACAACGAGCACCGGCGGACCAGGCAGCACCGCAAGGCGGCCAGGGAGGGGGAGGCGGGCAGGAGGCACAGAUCCAAGGGAGCGGAGGGUGAGGGAGAGAAGGAGGAAGACGGGGAGGGUCGGAAGAGCAGGCGGCAUCGUCACGGCAACCAGGAGAGAAGUAGAGGACGUCGCUCCAGAAGCAGGUUACACCACGGCACAGGGACCAGCCUGUCCACCACGCGGCCCAUCCAGCAGCACAACGAGGACCUGGACAACCUGCGCAACAACAGCAGGCUCGCCAGUCGGCCGUACGACCUGCCGCCGGACCACCCCGACGACGUCAACAACCUGCUGAACUGCUGCGAUGCCGACACCCACACGCUUCUCCACAGCAUGGACAGCCUGAUCCUGAGCAGCAUGGCCAAGCCCGACUACACCAGCAUCGACAUGCCCCCCGUCUACCCCUACCCGUCCACCAACGCCAUCCUGCAAGUGAACAAGAACGCCAACACGGAUCAGAAGAAGAACGAGGAGAAGAAGGAGGACGAUGACGACGAAGGAGACGAGGACGGGCCGAAGCCCAUGCCUCCGUACAGCUCCUGCUUCAUCAUGUCUACCACCAACCCGUUCCGGAAGUGCUGCCACUACAUCCUGACACUCAAGUACUUUGAGUUCAGCAUUUUGUCCGUCAUCGCCAUGAGCAGCAUCGCGCUCGCCGCAGAAGACCCGGUGUCCCCGGAUUCACCUCAAAACAACGUGCUGCGCUAUUUCGACUACGUCUUCACCGGCGUGUUCACUUUUGAAAUGCUGAUCAAGAUGGUGGUUCUAGGCCUGUUCCUCCACCAGGGCUCCUACUUCCGCGACCUGUGGAACAUUCUGGACUUUAUAGUGGUUAGUGGUGCUCUGGUGGCCUUCGCCUUCACGGGGAGCAGCAAGGGCAAAGACAUCAGCACCAUCAAGUCGCUGCGAGUGUUGCGAGUGCUGCGUCCUCUGAAGACCAUCAAGCGCCUGCCCAAGCUGAAGGCCGUGUUUGACUGCGUGGUCAACUCCCUGAAGAACGUCUUGAACAUCCUCAUCGUCUACAUGCUCUUCAUGUUCAUCUUCGCCGUGGUGGCCGUGCAGCUCUUCAAGGGCCGCUUCUUCUUCUGCACCGACGAGUCCAAGGAGUUUGAGCGGGACUGCAGGGGCGAGUUCCUGGUGUACGACAACAACGAGGUGAAAGCUCAGAAGCGGGAGUGGAGGAAGUUUGAGUUCCACUACGACAACGUGGCGUGGGCGCUGCUCACCCUCUUCACCGUCUCCACCGGCGAGGGAUGGCCGCAGGUUUUGAAGCACUCGGUGGACUCCACCUACGAGAACCAGGGUCCGAGCCCGGGCUACCGCAUGGAGAUGUCCAUCUUCUACGUGGUCUACUUCGUGGUCUUCCCCUUCUUCUUCGUCAACAUCUUCGUGGCGCUCAUCAUCAUCACCUUCCAGGAGCAGGGGGACAAGAUGAUGGAGGACUACAGUUUGGAAAAGAACGAGAGAGCCUGUAUCGACUUCGCCAUCAACGCCAGGCCGCUGACUCGCCACAUGCCCAAGAACAAGCUGAGCUUCCAGUACCGCAUGUGGCAGUUUGUGGUGUCGCCGCCGUUCGAGUACAGCAUCAUGGCGCUCAUCGCGCUCAACACCAUCGUCCUCAUGAUGAAGUUUGACGGCGCCUCAGAGACGUACGACAACGUCCUGAAAAACCUCAACAUCGUCUUCACCACUUUCUUCUUCAUGGAGUCCAUUCUGAAGCUCAUCGCUUUCGGUCCCCUGAACUACUUCAAAGACCCCUGGAACAUUUUUGAUUUUGUCUCGGUGCUGGGAAGCAUCACCGACAUUUUAGUCACGGAAUUGGGGAACAACUUCAUCAACCUGAGCUUCCUGAGGUUGUUCCGAGCCGCCCGCCUCAUCAAGCUGCUGCGACAAGGCGAGACCAUCCGCAUCCUGCUCUGGACCUUCGUCCAGUCCUUCAAGGCCCUGCCGUACGUGUGCCUGCUCAUCGCCAUGCUCUUCUUCAUCUACGCCAUCAUCGGCAUGCAGCUGUUUGGCAACCUGGCUCUGAACCAGGAGGGCAGCGCCAUCACCCACCACAACAACUUCCGCACCUUCAUCAUGGCUCUCAUGCUGCUCUUCCGGAGCGCCACGGGCGAGGCUUGGCAUGACAUCAUGCUGUCCUGUCUGGGCGGGAAAGAGUGUGACCCGGCUUCGGGGAACACGGAGCCCGAAUGUGGCAGCACCUUCGCCUACACUUACUUUGUCUCCUUCAUCUUCCUCUGCUCCUUCCUGAUGCUCAACCUGUUUGUGGCCGUCAUCAUGGACAACUUUGAGUACCUGACCAGAGACUCUUCCAUCCUGGGGCCGCAUCACCUGGACGAGUACGUAAGGAUAUGGGCCGAGUACGACCCUGCCGCCUGCGGGCGCAUACAUUAUAAGGAUAUGUACAGUUUAUUGCGAGUUAUCUCCCCUCCCCUGGGCCUUGGCAAGAAGUGCCCGCAUAGGGUGGCCUGCAAGGUUUGGACUGCACCCCCCUAAAGCACCCCCCCCCCUUUCCAACCACUCACAAACGCAACCUGCUCGCCUUUUAAGAGAGUGGAAUGAAUGUCGCUCUUUUUUUUUUUUUUAAGACGGAUUAUAUCCUUCCUUUGUCAUCGUUUGUUCUUUUCGAGGUUUGCAUCACUAUUCUGCCAUCCAGGGUGUAUUUAUUUGCAUUCUGACGGGACCAUGGGAAUGUUUGACACACACACACACACACACAGAUAAGAGUGUGUGUGUGAAGCAUGCGGUGGUGCACUGCACUCGCCGUCGUCGGGAAAAAUCCACGUUUUCAUUCAGAGGUCAAAACACAAGUCAUCUUUUUCUCUUUUUGGUUUCCAUUUCUGCUUGCUGUCUGAUUUUGCCUGAGCAGGAAAUGUUUGGGGCCACGUGCAUCUUUUUUGUUUGGUCGGGGAGGCGGGGUUUAUCAGCACGGAGACACACCCACAGGCGGCGGGGCCUCGGCGUAGACAAACAAACGUGUCUCCAUGGCGACAGUCAA